AUGCCAGAAUUGACCAUCAGACUGCACGACGCUAGAACUCGUAUAUACGGCCCAGGCGACACGGUGUCCGGCUCUGUGAUAUUCAUACCCCUUUUCAGUGCGCGUCUUCGUUCCUUGAUCGUGUCUCUGCAAGGCUACUGCUAUACCUCGUCCCUCAGCGCGAAUGCAAAAGUUUCCCAUGUGGUCCCCUUCUUGCGCCUGAGCACCUCAACGAUGGAGGAGACGUACACGUACAUCGGAGAGACGUAUGAAGCUCCAUUCUCCUUCAAGUUCCCGGAAGAUACAGAUGUCGUUCACGAAGCCGGUCCCGAUCGGCUGAGGAGCGUUUUCAACCAAGGACCGCAGGCACUGCCAUCCAGCGUCGUGAUUUGCGCAAGAAAUUGUGUUCAGACCGUGCGCUACAUGAUAGAAGUGGAAAUACACGGCAGGACACGCGCUACGUGUGAGGAGACGAUUCUCUUCCGACAGUCGGAAAAGAGGUUGAGGGAUGGAAAUGCCAGCAGGGAACAAGAGGAAUCGCGGAACCAGCUGGGGGACAAUGCGGUCCGGGAAGAUCGCUCGUCGAGCCCAACGAGCCCACGUGUAGACUACGAGACCUGGAGGUCAGACAGAUCUGUGUAUUAUCAUAGGCCGGAGAUGAUCAGGCUACCAGAAGCCAAGGGGUGUUCACGACUGAGCUUACACGCACUACCUAUGAUAAGCACGCAUCACAAGAGCGCCGUCGACCGCUACAAGCACGCAAAGAAUCAGAACAGGGGCGGACUGCCGCGGGCAUUCAAAUCCUGGAAGACGCCCAAGAUGGUGUUCAUGCCCAGCAUCUACUGCCCGCAGAAAACUGCAGUGGAUCAGGAAAUACCACUCCUGUUGGCCGUCGAUACAAUUCGAAAUCCGGUAUGGGAAGGGUUGGGCGAGGAGCAUCAGCUGGUGUUGGAGGAGUUUUCACUGGCAGUAACGGCUCACAACAGGACCAUCAUGCAGAAUCGCCCGCACAAAAGACGGUGGGGACGCUGCCUCGAGCUCUCCUACGCGGUGAUACAAGCGAGUGGUCUGGCUGCGCAAAUCAACCUCGACGCUGUGCCUACGCCCCUGGUCCAGAACUUCAAGAUUUUACCCGGGACGAUUCCCAGCUUUGCCACUUACACGCUCAGCCGGGGGUAUAGCAUCGACGUGCACUUCAAGUUCAGCUUCGGAGAUGAGCAGCUCGAGUGGGGUGCUUCCAUGGAGCUCACGAUCACAGCCGACGACUCGACGAGACUGGCUGAAGGCGUGCACAUGGACCCUCUGCUAUUUGUCGACCCCAAGCGCGAGCCGCAGUAUUUCUGGCGUUCACACGUCGAGGCCGGUGCCGCCGAGUCUACAAGCCGGAGCAGCAUCGACCCGAGCAACUUCAACAACGUGAUCAACAUGCCGGGAAUGCAAUGGGAGACCGGCCACGGACGGUUGCCUAGAACGAGUUUCGCCUGCGCGACCGCUCAACUCAGGCCGGAACUAAUGCCUGUCAAAGGAGGCAGAGGCAAGGCCGGCGCUCUCAACAUCGUUGCAGGGGUUUGUGGUAGACCGCGCAGGCGAUACAUUAGAGAGCUGGAACCAGUCACCAGGCCGCUGUUCACUUUCCAGCACGGGCUUGGAAUUGAUGGAGCGAGGGACCAUGUUUGCAGAGCGGAGAGCGUUUGA